GGGCGCGAAGCUGUGUCAGAUACUGGCCUGUGAAAUCAAAAACGGCUUGGAGAUCUAACUAUAUGACGUGUGGUUCUUGAACAAUUCAGAAUGCCUAGCAACUCCUGUAACUCCAAGUUGCACAAGGCAAGAGGAACAGCCUAUUUGUUGCUGCCUCAUAAUUUAUUCCCGCCGUUCGCAAGUGCUGAACCUGUGACAACGCAGCUGCAGCUCUGCUGGGUCUUCCUUCCACUUCUCUCGCGCUUCUUUUCGAGCCGCUUUGUGCUUCUCUACGGCUUCCUUUAUGGCAGGUGUUGGCCUGGCUCCAUUUCUCCUCGCCCCUCUCGCGGCAUGUAUCUACCUAUCCUCCUUGUCUCGUCGCUGGCUUCGAUGUCCCUCACCACGCGUUUUUGCACCGUCUGGCAGUACUCAUUCCUCUCUUGACAAUUGGCUUCCGGUACACGCUUCCCGCAACGAGGGCGCAAAUUGGUGAAGCCCUGGGCAUAGACACGGGCUCGGAACGAUUUAUUUUGUGCGCUUACGCCUGAAAGACGGGGAGGAUCACUUCGCCAGCCGCACAGCAAGCCGAAAAUCGGGGAUCUGAUGCAGGAGACGGCCCUGUUGCGCUCCACUAUCUAAUGCGGGACCGGCGGUUGUGCAGCGGCAAGAAGGUCCCCGUCUGCUAA